AUGGCCGCUCCUAUUACCUCAAGGACGGAGACUCUCCAGAAGUACCUCGCACUUGAUCAGAAGGGCAUGAUCAUGGCCGAGUACGUCUGGGUUGACGCUGACGGUGGCACCCGAUCCAAGUCUCGAACUCUUCCUGAGAAGGAAUACCAGCCCGCAGACCUUCCCGUCUGGAACUUCGACGGUUCAUCAACCAACCAGGCCCCCGGCGAGAACUCCGAUGUCUACCUUCGACCUUGCGCCGUCUACCCCGACCCUUUCCGUGGCUCACCCAACAUCAUUGUGCUAGCAGAGUGCAUCAUGUCAGACGGAACUCCCAACAAGUACAACUUCCGUCACGACUGUGUGAAGGUCAUGGACACAUACGCCGACGAGGAGCCUUGGUUCGGUCUCGAGCAGGAGUACACUCUCCUCGGCUCCGACGACAGACCCUAUGGCUGGCCCGCCGGUGGUUUCCCUGCUCCUCAGGGCGAGUACUACUGUGGUGUCGGUACUGGCAAGGUUGUCCAGCGUGAUAUCGUUGAGGCUCACUACAAGGCCUGCUUGUACGCUGGAAUCAAGAUCUCCGGAACCAACGCAGAGGUCAUGCCCGCUCAGUGGGAGUACCAGGUCGGUCCUUGCACUGGCAUUGAGAUGGGUGACCAGCUUUGGGUCUCUCGAUUCUUCCUCCACCGCGUCGCUGAGGAAUUCGGCGCAAAGGUUUCUCUGCACCCCAAGCCUAUUGCGGGUGAUUGGAAUGGUGCAGGACUACACAGCAACUUCUCCACCAAGGCUAUGCGUGAGGAGGGUGGUAUGAAGGUCAUCGAGGAGGCUCUUAAGAAGCUCGAGCCUCAUCACGUUGAGUGUAUCGCCGAGUACGGUGAGGACAACGACCUCCGUCUUACUGGACGUCACGAGACCGGUUCCAUCGACUCAUUUUCUUGGGGCGUUGCCAACCGUGGCACAAGUAUUCGCGUUCCUCGCGAGACUGCUGCCAAGGGCUAUGGUUACUUCGAGGACCGUCGUCCUGCUUCCAACGCUGACCCUUACCGGGUCACCAAGGUUCUCCUCCAGUUUUCUAUGGCUUAG